AUGCUUCGCGACGAGGGUCAACUUGUGGUUCUACGUGAGGAAAACGAACUGCUUCAACGAAAGAUCGAGCAACUACGUCAACAAAUGGUGCUGCAGGAACCACCACCGCAGCAGCAGCAACUACAAGAACAACAGCAAUUGCAGCCUCAAGGCGUCAUUGCUGACACCGUCAACCAACGCCAUGCAAUACAUCGUGUCGCUGUGAAAUUGCCGCCGUUUUGGUCAGAUAAACCAAGCUUGUGGUUUGUUCAAGCUGAUUCUCAAUUCACGCUUUCUGACAUCACUAAUGAAGUAACAAAAUUUCAUUACGUUGUUUCUCAAUUAGACGCUCGCAUUGCAUUGGAAGUCGAGGAUGUUAUUAAAAAUCCUCCUCAAUUAAAUCCCUACACAUAUUUACGCACAAAAAUAAUUGAACGAUUAUCUGCGUCUGAGGAACAACGUGUCCGCCAACUCAUUAGUGCGGAGGAGCUAGGCGAUCGUAAGCCUUCCCAGUUUCUUCGACAUCUCCAAUCCUUUGCUGGUACAACUAUUGUGCCGGAUAACCUCUUACGUCGACUUUGGCUUCAACGUCUUCCGCAAAACGUCCAGGCUAUCAUUGCACCACAGUCUGAGUUGGCGAUCGAUAAACUUUCUGAGCUCGCCGAUAAAAUCAUCGAAGUUUCGCCUUGUCCUCCGAAUUUCUCGGUCAACGCUGCAUUGAACAACAAAGGUACUGAAAACGAUUUAUUAAAAGCGGUUGCUGAACUGCAAAAACAAGUCGCUGAAUUGGCUGCUUCUCGUUCACGUUCUCGAAAUCGUCACGGUUAUCACCACAAUUCUCGUAACCGAAUUAAAUCUCAAAACCGGGACGAUUCUUCUAACAAAAAAACAGACGAGGUUUGUUGGUAUCACAAAAAGUGUCAGCAAAAUGCUAAAAAGUGCGUCAAGCCUUGCAAGUUUUUGGGAAACGACCAAAACGGACCAAACGGACGGUCCUGGCAAUGGAUCACGCAUUGUACGAUUGAAAACGCUUAG